AUGUUCUACGCGUUUUUGCUGAUCGGCCUUGCGCUCCAACUGGCGACAGAGGAGUGCACAACCGUCUCUGGUGAUCAGCCCGACACUUGCAAGGCCUGUAGCGCCGUCAUCAACGGCAAGAAGUACUGCUCCCAGUGCAACGGCGGUGGGUCUCAAUCUGCCCCAACGGACGGAGUGUGCUCAGCAGACAACAACGAAUGUAGCCAAAAACAAGAUGGAGUAUGUACACAGUGCGCUAAUAAGUCCUUCAUGUACAAGGGCGGAUGCUACAAGGAUAGCCAGGCACCUGGCAACACGAUGUGUGAAACAGCAACUGAUGGAGUGUGCACGCAGGCUAAGGCUGGGUACUUCGUGCCGCCGGGCGCAGACGCCUCUCACCAGUCGGUCAUACCAUGUGGAGACGAAGAGGAAAUAACAGUUAAGAACGAUAAAAAGUACAAGGGCGUAUUGCAUUGCACUCAGUGUGAGGAGCCCACAGAAGCAAGUGAUACUACUACUCCCAAGGCUGCCACGUGCACAGCAUGCGAGAGCGGAUACUUUGUAGAUAAUAGUAAAGGAAAGACAUGUACAGCAUGUGCAGAUAACUGCCUGACCUGCACCGACGGGACAGUCAGCAAGUGCAAGUCGUGCACGGCAGAGACGUACUUCUUAGCAACAGAGGGGAGCGAGGGCCCUUGCAUAUCGUGCGGAGAUGCUACUCAGGGAUCUGGUGCUUGGAAGGGCGUCGCUGGAUGUGCCAAGUGCACUAAGCCACAGAGUGCCGGCCCUGCAACGUGCACUGAGUGCCAGGCAGAUAAGUAUCUGAAGACAGAAUCGGGGACAGCCUCUUGUGCCAGUGCAGAGGAGUGUAAGGAUGGAUUCUUCCCCAUGACCGAUGCACAGAAUAGUAACAGGAAGGUAUGUGCUCUGUGUAGUGAAGCCGAUAAGGGUGGCAUAGCCAACUGCAAGAAGUGCUCCCUCAAAGCAACAUCUGCAAGAGCAGGUCCAAUAGUUACGUGCUCUGAGUGUACUAAUAAUAAUCUGAGCCCCCUGAAGGACGAGUGCAUGCUCGAUUGUCCUGCUGGCACAUAUGCCAAUAGCAAGGUGUGCACCCGCUGCCACGAGUCAUGUGCAAACUGUAGUGACAACGCAGAAGCCUCCUGUACAGCCUGCUACCCCGGGUCUGUACUUGAGCAUGAUGGCGAUCCGACUACUGGCAAAUGCAUCCAGGAGUGCACGGGAAGGUACGCAGAGAACUGCGAAGCUGGUCAGUGCACGGCCGUCGUUGGGGGCUCCAAGUAUUGCAGCAGGUGCAAGACAGGGUUCGUUCCGAUAAACGACAUGUGCGUCUCUACAACAGCCCGCGCAGCCGCGGAGUGUGUGGCCGGAGAAGGAGUCUGCACUAGUUGCACGGGCGCAUACUUCUUAGAAUCUGGCGGAUGCUAUAAAACCGGGGCAUUCCCAGGUAACACUUUGUGCAUAGCCGCAGGGGCCAAUGGAAAGUGUGCAAACUGCGCCAAUGGACAGAAUGCAGAUCCUCAAACAGGCGCGUGUCCUCCGUGUCCAGCCAACUGCUCAAAGUGCAGCGGCGAUAGCGGUGUGAAGACGUGUACUGAGUGCUAUUCUGGAUACUAUCUUGACACUGGAAAAGAGUGUAAAAAGUGUUCUGAAACAAGUGGUAACAUCCAAGGCGUACCUAAUUGCGUGAGCUGUAAAGCUCCUUCGUCUCCUAAUGCGCCGACUCCUGUUACCUGCUAUGUUAAGACAGACGGCACUAACAACGGCGAUAACGAUAACAAUGGCGGAAGCACGAACAAGAGCGGCCUCUCCACUGGCGCCAUAGCGGGGAUCUCCGUUGCUGUGGUGGUUGUCGUGGCUGGCCUUGUAGGGUUCCUCUGCUGGUGGUUCAUCUGCAGGGGCAAGGCGUAG